ACACACACAUCCUGCACUCGACAGCAUGAUGAUGGAGGGACAAGGGGGUCGUGCCAAGGCAACUUAUUCAGGCAGUCAUUCUCCGCCGAAGAGCCUUUGGAGAAGGAUGCUGGAGGGGGUAAAGCGCGUCCUUCGCAGGGUAGUGUCUUUGAAAAUCCGAGUAUGGAUAAGCGACUACUGCAAACACAACGGCCUGCUGACGCUCUCGGUCCUGGCUGUGGUGUCUGGAUGUGUCAUUGGAUACAUGCUGAGGAGCUUCAAUUUGUCCUCUCAGGCAAAAAUCUACUUCUCCUUCCCGGGAGAGCUCUUGAUGAGAAUGCUGAAGAUGCUUAUUCUUCCUCUGAUCACAUCCAGUCUUAUGUCUGGCUUGGCAUCGAUGGACACCAAGGCCAGUGGGCGCAUGGGCCUUCUUACAAUAACAUACUACUUGUGGACUACCUUCAUCGCGGUCAUAGUGGGGAUUGUGUUGGUUCUCAUCAUACACCCUGGUGACGGAACAGAGAAAGAAGGGCAUACUGGAACCAGCGGGCCUGUUAUGACCUCAGCUGACGCUCUCCUCGAUCUCAUCAGGAAUAUGAUUCCCUCAAAUCUGAUUGAAGCAACAUUUCAGCAGUACAAGACAGAUCUCGUGCCUUUGGUUAAAAGUUCAGCAAAGGAGUCCCAGGCCAACUACGUUUACAUCAUGCCCGACUACGAUAACCCCAAAAUGGGCCACCCAGUGUUCCUGGAGAUAACCCCUGCCCCGGAGAUCAAGUACAAGGUGGUCCCGGGGAGCAGCAAACAGAUGAAUGUGCUUGGCAUCGUCAUAUUCUCCGUCACUAUGGGUCUCCUACUGGGAAAGAUGGGAGAGAGGGGUUUGCCUCUGGUCAACGUGUGUCAGUGCAUUAACGAGUGUGUCAUGAAGAUCAUCAAUGCAGCCAUGUGGUAUUUCCCAUUUGGUAUCAUAUUUCUGGUGGCUGGAAAGAUCCUGGACAUGCAUGACCCCAUUCACCUGGCUGAGAAACUAGGCAUGUAUUUCAUCACUGUCUUAUUGGGCUUGUUUGUGCAUGGAGUCAUUCUGCUCCCCCUCUUCUUCUACAUUCUGACCAAGAAGAAUCCCUUCAGCUACAUCCGAGGCCUCCUUCAGGCUCUGGUCAUCGCCCUGGCGACAUCAUCCAGCUCAGCUACUCUUCCCAUUACUAUGAAGUGCUUGCUGGAGAACUGCCAUGUCGAUCGUCAGAUUGCUCGAUUUGUGCUGCCUGUUGGUGCCACCAUUAACAUGGACGGCACAGCACUCUAUGAGGCCGUGGCUGCCAUCUUCAUCGCUCAAGUCAACGAGUAUGAGCUGGACUUUGGACAACUCGUCACCAUCAGCAUAACAGCAACAGCUGCAAGCAUCGGUGCUGCAGGGAUCCCCCAGGCUGGCCUGGUCACCAUGGUCAUUGUCCUGACUUCAGUUGGGCUUCCACCUGACGACAUCUCACUCAUCGUGGCCAUUGAUUGGAUCCUAGAUCGCUUCAGGACCAUGAUCAAUGUCCUUGGAGAUGCCUUGGCAGCAGGCAUUAUGGCCCAUAUAUGCAGGAAAGACUUCCCAAAGAAAAGCGAGAGGCGUGGCACUGCGAUAUCCUAUGGAACCCAGAGCGUCCUGAGCGUGCCCUUAUAUGAUGUUCCACUGAUAUCCAACAAGGAUUACAUCUUUGAGGUGGCUGGAGACACUGUGACGGAGAGACCUCCUACCUUCUACAAUCUCUGCCAGGUCUAAUCCCCUUAAGCUAACGACAAACAGUGGCUGCCUUGAAUACACAAAAACCUUGUGAAUUUUUUCUUCAUACAACUGUGCCAUGAAGAAAUUAUUCUUGUUUUGUUUUUCUAUACAGUUCUUUUUGUUAUCAGAGUUAAAUUUUCCUCUCCAAUAAUAGCCUUCUGACACUUGUUUAGGCUUUUUUUUUUACAAGGACGUAGAUGUGCAGUUCACAUUUUGACAAAUGCCUUACAAAUCAAUGUCAACUCACUGCACUGUGCAAAGCUUGAUAACUGAUGUAUUUGUAAUAUGCACAUGAGGUUGAUGACAAGAAGAAUGAAUGUCAACUCUACAACUACUCCAUACCUUGUCACGACCCAGAUGUAGGAAACACAAAAAAUGGACUGGACUGUGUUGAGAACAAAGAAGGGGUCUUGAUAGAAUUACCGUUUUGUGGUAGUUUGUACCAGUAGUUGUAAUUGCUGGUAGUUUUCACAAUAUGUUAUCGAUCACUACCAGUGUGAUUAACAUUAUUUACUAAUGGAUCACAGUUCAAUCACCUAUUUUCAUACUUCAGAUGUUGCAUACUUGCACUUUGCUUUUUGUAAUGAAAUAAAAAACAAGGUGGCGUGUCA